UUAUUUUGGGAGUUUUCACGUGUAUUUGGUGGACGAAUGCUGGCGUAUCUUCCGAGGCAUCAGUAUCAAGCAUAAUGCAAAAUAUCAGCCACCAUCCGCGGGAAUGAAUAAAAUAAUUUGGCCUCAGAGUAAUCAGUAAUGAUUAACGAGUCGCUGAUCCAUUGCUGUGUGUGUGUGUGUGUGUGUGUGUGUGUGUGUACCUAGGAGGGGGGGCGUGCGAGUGGCAGCGGCGGGGUCAGUGGCCCGGGGAGCGGGUACAUAAGGAGGAACAAACAUGUCCUGAAGAGACACCUGCUGGAGCCACCACCGUCACCACACUCCGCGUCUCCAGCAGGGAGAGCCACCACUCUUCAAGACCCGCACAGCGACACACGCCGCUGGGUGCUGUCAAGACUACAAGUCUGCGGUCGCAUUAGGCAUUGUUGCUUUUGCCAAUGCUGUGUUAACAGUGAAUGGACGCGUGGACAGAUACAUAACUGACGGUGAAUGUUUUGUGACAUUAUUUCUGGGAAAAUAUUUGAAUGUUUUGAUUGGCAGACUUGAAAGUAAAUAUAUUCGCAGUCCUAUUGACGUGACGCGGUGCUGCUUCCCUAGUUGUGCUACUCCAGCAAUGAAGCCUCAACGACUUUAACACACUCGAGGCAACGAAAACAUCAAGAAGGAAGUGGAGUACUUAUUUUGGUGGUCGCCACAGCUGAGGGUCUGCGGUGAUGGGCAUGUGGCUGGGGCUGGUGCGGGUGGCGGUGGUGGUGGCGGCGGUAUUAGUGCUCUGCGUGGCCUCUCCGAUGCCACUGGAAGAAGAGGAGGACGACUAUGGUUUCUAUGAGGACGACUACGACUACAGCGAAUAUGAUGGAGAUCAGACUCGCAGUGGCCUGUGCAUGCCGGGCUGUCCUCGUGACGGCGCCAUGCUGGUGGACAGAUCUUCGUGUCGCCACUACUUCGUCUGCAAGAAGCUGCGUGGGGAGCUGGUGCUGGCGCGGUGCUCUUGCCCUUCCGCUACGCCUGUCUUCAACCGCUACAGUCGCAAGUGCUCGGUGAGGGCCCGCUGCCGCCUCUCGUGCCCCUCGCAGCAGCAUGUCUACUCUAACUGGACUCAGCUCGCCCUGGGAGGCCACGAGUGCCACGUCGCCGAGCUGCCUCCGCCCCUGCAGCCCGCCACCACCACCACCACCACUAAGCCUUCCACCACUACGACAACUUCUAAGCCGCCUACUACUCCCUCUACUACCACUACUACAACUACUCCUACCACUCCUUCCACUACCACUACUACACCUACUCCUUCCACCACUCCUUCCACUACAACUACUCCUUCUACCACUCCUUCCACUACCACUACAACCACAACAACAACUCCUUCUACCACUCCUUCCACCACACCUACCACCACCACUGAAACAACCACUCCUUCCACUACUGCUGAACCGUCCACCACCUCCACCACCACUACCACCACCACCACCACCACCACCACUGAGGAGGAGGAGGAGGAGGAGGAGGAGGAGGAGGAGGAGGAGGAGGAGGAGGAGGAGGAGGAAGAGGAGGUGACAGAAUUAACCACAGAUGAACCUUCCGCUGAGACUACCACACCACCCUCCACUUCUACCACACCGGAGCCAUGCAACGAUACGACCACACCCUCCACCACCUCGCCAUCUACCACAGGGGCCCCGGAGGUUACUCUUUCCACCACAACCACUACCACAGUUCCAGACUCCACCGCUAGUGAUACCUGCACCCCCCCCAUUGUCCAGUCACCGGCCACUCUCCCUGCUACCAUCCAGUCACCAGUCACCAAACCUGCUCAUACUAAUACUCUGAUUACGACGAAACCAGCAACCGUUUCCUUACCAGUCACCAAACCUGCUACAAUUCAGUCACCAGUCCAGUCACCAGUUUCCCUCCCUGCCACCAUCCAGUCACCAGUCCCUCUCCCUGCUGCUACUAAUACUCUGAUUACUACCAAACCUGCCACAAUUUACUCUUCAGUCACCAAGCCAGCCACUCUCCAGCCACCAGUCCUUCUCCCUGCUGCUACUAAUACUCUCAUCACAACGAAACCUGCCAUCAUCGAGGCACCAAUCACUAUCCCUGCCGUCAUUCAGUCACCAGUCACCAAGCCUGUCGCUACUAAUACUCUGAUUACAACUAAACCGGCCACCAUUCACUCACCAGUCACUCUUCCUGCCGUCCUCCAGUCAUCAGUCACUAAUACUUUGAUCACAAGCAAACCCGUUACCAUUCUGUCACCAGUUACUAUCCCUGCUACCAUCCAGUCACCAAUCACCAAACCUGCUCUGAUUAUAACCAAGCCAGCUACCAUUCAGUCACCAAUCACCAAACCUGCUCUGAUUACAACCAAGCCAGCUACCAUUCAGUCACCAGUCACCAUACCAGCUACAAUCCAGUCACCAGUGUCUCUUCCUGCCACCAUCCAGUCACCAGUCCCUCUCCCUGCCACCAUCCAGUCACCAGUGCCUCUUCCUGCCACCAUCCAGUCACCAGUCCCUCUCCCUGCCACCAUCCAGUCACCAGUGCCUCUUCCUGCCACCAUCCAGUCACCAGUCCCUCUCCCUGCCACCAUCCAGUCACCAGUGCCCCUCCCUGCCACCAUCCAGUCACCAGUCCCUCUCCCUGCCACCAUCCAGUCACCAGUCCCUCUCCCUGCCACCAUCCAGUCACCAGUCCCUCUCCCUGCCACCAUCCAGUCACCAGUCCCUCUCCCUGCCACCAUCCAGUCACCAGUCCCUCUCCCUGCCACCAUCCAGUCACCAGUGCCCCUCCCUGCCACCAUCGCACAGCCAUCACACGUCCCUGCCGCCCUUGAGCCCACCGCCACGCUCCCUGCUGCCAUAGUCACCACACGCCCCUCGACUGCAGGGAUGCCAGCACUCACGCCCUCCGCCGACACCAGCGCCAUCUCGUCUGCCGCGGACAUGGUGGCAGCAGACACCGCGUCAGCCUCUGCAGUGGCCGCCUUACCCUUCAGACCAGGCAUCCUAUCCAACCUGUUCUCGAUCCAGUUACCCAAUAUACCAAACAAGCAAGUUGCAAUCGUCUACCCCACCAUUGGUUUGCCCACCUUCACUACCACAACUAUCGUCAAGGCCCCCAUCGAGAUUCCUCCCUUCCCCAAACCCACGAUCAUCCUCCCUCUUCAGCCCCCGACCACCAUAACGAAGCAAACCAUCACCAUCCCGCCGCUAAUCAGCACCCUCACCUUGCCUGUGAUCCAACCAAACAUCGGUUUCACCACCAAGCCCUUGACUCUCAGCUUCACCUCCGCUCUCUUCAACAAGUUCUCUUCAUUCACCAACUUCGACUCCACCUCUCGGGAUUCCACUUCCGCUGCCACUAAUGCCGCCGCCACUUCGGUAACUACCCCUCACGACACUUCAUCAAUACUCCCCCCUCUCCCUCUCCCUCCCACUCGCCCUUACAGCUGCGAUACCGUGAUCUGUCCUACUGCUGGCUUGCGGAUCCCAAACCCCACUAACUGCAAUCGGUAUUAUAAGUGCGUUGCUCAGGAUGGCAAGCUGGUGGCCCGUCCGUUCAUCUGUCCAGCCAGCGUGCCAGUCUUCAGUCCCACGCUGCAACUGUGCAUCAGGGGCGUCAAGUGUAAGGUGCGCUGCGGGAACCAGGAUACCGUGGCUGACUCAGACUCAAAUGAAACAACAUCAGGAUCACCACAAGACGUCUCAACAGCAGCAGAAAACUUUGAAACCACUUCAGCUGGAGAUCCUGCCUCAUAUCGUGCACUGAGCCUAGUAAGAAAGUAG